UCAAUGGCUUGUACAUGCCUUGUGUAGAUGUCAUAGUAUAUUGAGUUUGUUGGGUCAUUUGUACAUUCUAACACAGACAUAAAGACUGGCUCAGUCAGCAUGUUCAGCAGCAAGCAGUGGACCAUUUUGAUACAAAUUGCAGUUGGAACGUCCUUCGCCUUCUCUGCACGAUAUCUCUUUAAAGAGAAUUUCCUUUCCUUCUUUAGCUUUCUGCCAGAUCUAUCUGACGGUGAACGUUUCAAGUUUGUCUUCCAAUGUCUCGCCCUUUCAGCUGUCCCUCUCUUUGCCGCCGUUGGGAAAGUUGGCAAGGCGCGAUUCUUGAACAUGGAUACCCUCGGUGCGGAUCCUACAGCUCCCGUAGCGCCCUCUCAGAAGACCUUCAGGAUCGCCGAAAGGAUUCUUCAGAACACUCUUGAGCAGACGGUUCUUCACGUCCUGACGAUAUUGGCUCUCGCUUCAAGCGUCGACGUGGACCAACUCUAUCUCAUCCCGUGCAUGGUUCUGAUAUUUUGCUUCGGUCGUCUAGCUUUCUUUGUCGGAUACGAUUACGAUCCUCUCUACCGAGGUGUGGGGUUUGCUACAACAUGGAUACCUACUGUAUUCGGGUUUUCAUACGCUCUCUUCACCAUAUUAUCUCGAGCAUUCGAUCAUUAUAUGAAGUAAUUUCCAUCCCUGUCUCAUCAUUAUUCUGCUGACAAUCUGGAGAUUCAAUGCAUACCAUAACAAUACGAUGUUGACACAUAAAAUAUUCAGUAGAUAUGUUUAGAUACGUUGUUGCUAUCAUAUGCUGAUACAUUUCUAUGUUCGAGGCCCUAUCGAAAAGCCUAACAGGUAUAACUUGUUAUACUACUGGAUAUCCUUUGAAUUCAACCUUUGCUAAUUUUGUGAACUAAAAACUGAAAUAUGAUGGAUUAGACUUUGUUCUUAUGACAAGAAAUGACAGCAUCGUUAUAUCCUUUCCGUUUUUUCAUGUGAAAUAAUUUCGUUUUGAACUUUAAUAUUGUGAGUAAAUGCCACUAUCAAGAAUGAAAUUACCUUACACUGAAUAGUAAGUAGUUCAUCUUUCUAUUCUAUACCAAACUUUGAAAACUGGAUGGACUUUGAAAACGAGCGAUCACUAGCAUUAUAGAUGUAUUUUGGCAAUUUAUCCCCUCCUGAUUGGGACAAAAACAGAGAAGGCUCGAUCACCAUAACUGGUAUUUGAUUUUUAAAAAUCUCGAUUGCCUGCUUGUUUUUAUGCAAGUUACUUUCCACCGAUUGCCGUUUCCUUUUUUCAUAAUUGAGAUCAAGUUUGAUACAUCUUCCUGAAGAUUUGUUCAUGUACUACAGUCUACAAAAUCGUUGACAACACUUAAAAAACAACAAUUAACAGUAUUCAGCAUUGUAUGUUUGUCGUUUCGAUUGACUUUCACUUCCUUUCUGGAUUAACCCCCUUCUUUCAUUUCUUCUCUCCCCCCCCCUCAUGUCUGCUCUUUUUCCUCUUCAUUUCCCCACUUUUCCUUUCUCCCGCCUUAUUACUCUCUGUGUGUCUCUUUCUAUUCUCUCAACUCCACUCCUCUCUUUCAAUGUGUCUGUCUUAAUUGCUUCUUUGUUUCAUAUCCCUUCUCUUUCUUCCCCUCUCUAAAUAUCCCCCUUGCAUCCUUCUUAUUCUAUACAUCACUAUGUUCUUCCUUUUGCCAAAGUACAGCAGCAUUGCUUUAAAAUGUGCACUACGACUUCUUUUUUAAAACUGGAUAUGAAUUUAUAAUUAUUCAAUUAUUGUUCAAUAUGAUAUUGCAGAUUCAAGAAGUAUCUUACGAUACCAAUAAAAUUUUCCAUUCUUUUCUUACAGUCUCAUUCACACUCUCGCAAUUUGUUAUCAUCGGAUAAAUGGGGUCCUUGUAAAUAUACGAGAGAUGUCCUGUCCCUUUCAUCCUUUGAUAAAAGCAUCAUCAACACUGUAAAAUCAAGGAGACGUCACUCUCUCCUUGAUAUAAUCGUUAUCAUGUACAUGUAGGUGGCAUUUCCCUACUAUCAUAACCUCUUUAAUAUCACCAAAAAUGGCAAAUUGACGUUGGAGACUACUUAAGCUAUUGAUCAAAGUACUUUUAUGAGUCAACUGACAUCCUGAAUAGUAUGCAAUCUGCAAACAUUGCCAUUAAAUUAAUUUGUUCAAUCA